GAAUUUCCGCUGAAAAGAAAAGAAAAGAAAAAUGUUAGUGGCGGUGGGAGCAGAAUAGUGUGAGUUGGAAACAAAUGGCGAUGGUUUCCAUGCCAUUCACUGCGAACUUUCCGAACCUUGGCCGAAUCAACAGGUGUCAUGGAAUGGCGUUUGCAAGUUUGGGCGGCAAAGAAAGCGCGUCUUUGGGAGUGAGAGUUACAGAAGGAGAGGGGAAUUUGCCAAAACUUGUGCUUACUUCACCGGCCGGGAGUGAGGCUGAAAUAUACCUCUUCGGAGGUUGCAUUACCUCUUGGAAGAUUCCCGAUGGCAAGGACCUCCUCUUUGUUCGCCCUGACGCUGUUUUUAAUAAGAAAAAACCGAUUAGCGGAGGAAUCCCACAUUGUUUUCCUCAGUUUGGUCCUGGUCCAAUUCAGCAGCAUGGGUUUGCACGGAAUAUGGAUUGGACUGUUGCUGAUUCUGAAGACGUGGAAGGAAAUCCUGUUGUAACACUGGAACUGAAGGAUGCUCCUUACAGUCGUGCUAUGUGGGAUUUCAGCUUCCAUGCUUUAUACAAGGUCACGCUAAAUGCUAAAAGUCUUUUGACUGAGUUAACAGUUAAGAAUACAGACAAUAAGGCAUUCUCAUUUAGUACUGCCUUGCACACAUAUUUUCGAGCUUCUGUGAGUGGUGCAUCAGUAAAGGGGUUGAAAGGUUGCAAAUCUCUGAACAAAGACCCAGAUCCUAAAAAUCCAGUAGAGGGUAGGGAAGAAAGGGAUGAGGUCACUUUCCCUGGAUUUGUGGAUUGCAUUUAUCUUGAUGCUUCCGAUGAGUUGCAAUUCGACAAUGGCUUGGGAGAUCUAAUAUCUAUCAAGAACACAAAUUGGUCAGAUGCUGUGCUGUGGAAUCCAUAUCUUCAAAUGGAAGCAUGUUACAAAGAUUUUGUUUGCGUUGAAAAUGCCAAGAUUGGAAGUGUCCAGCUAGAACCAGAACAAACUUGGACAGCUGUGCAGCAUCUUAGCAUUGCAUGAUCGUCACUGCGCUUCUACAUUUUUAUUUUUAUUUUUUUCAUUUUGAUUUGCCAACAAUAUGUAUCUCCUGUACUAAUAAUUUUUUAAGCCACUAAUAAUAGGCUAGUGGUGAUGCAUUUGAUAGUUUGCGAGAGAUCGUACGCUGCAUGAUUGUACCAUAAAAAUAAACCAAUAAUAACCUUUUCUUUCAUCUCUAGUUUCCACGCAAUGGAAACCACCUCUUCUCAUUUCAUUCCUCCCAAUUUAAUUACAUCCAAACAGGGG